AUGAUCACCCGCCACACCCAUAGAAGAUCGGUGUCCUCCGAGCACCGGUCCUUAUCUCCUGACCGAACGGUCAUCAAGGCGAAAUCCACUACAAAUCUCGCCGAGAUCGCUUCUUCCAACGCUCAGCGCAAAUCCACUAGCUUCGAUGAAAGCAGUUUUAGCACCUUGCAGGACCCUCGAUUGGCGGUCGGGCUGCAGGUUUCAGAAUCGACGUCAUCGUCUCACCACCCCGAUUUGAGCAAUGAAGUUGCCGCAUUGUCUGUGAAGUUGAUUCAGGCUAUCAACAAUCAAACGAAUCUUGAUGAUAGCUUGGUUGCUACCCGCCAAGAGCUGGAACUAGCCCAGGGCAAGAUCCAAGCUCUCGAGUUCCAGAAUGAAAAAUAUCGGCGCGACAUUGAAAAUCAUGUCUAUAUCAGGAAGCUCGACUCUGAUCGUGAAAUUUCGCAAUUACGGGAGGCACUCACGGAAGAAACGACCCAGCGUACUGCUGUUGAAAAAGGCAAGAAGAAUAUCGAGCAAGAAUUGGAAACUCUAACUGCGGCUCUUUUUGAAGAAGCCAACAAGAUGGUCGCUGCGGCUAAGAUUGAACGUGAGGCGGUGGAGAAGAAGAAUGAGCAGUUACGUGCACAAGUCAAAGACACGGAGUUGCUUUUGGCAUCGCACCAAGACCAGCUCGCUGAGUUGAAGUCUGUCAUGCAAGGGAUGAACCUUCACAACGGUGACCUUGAUGCCCGUCCCUCUACCGCUCCACCAUCCCCGGCUCGCACCCCCCGAGGGCCAAAGGCUGACAAAGAAGAAAGUGAGACGGAAUCAGUCUCUGUAUCGAUUGCCAACCCCGAGGAGUUUAUCCCGGGCCCUGCAUCUAACUUCCCCCACCUCGUCCGAAUGGUAAGCCGGACGGAUUUACAGGCUUACGAGGAUUUCCGUGAUUUGAUGGUCCUCUCUCGAAGCUCUAAACCCCCUAGCCGCGCUGCUAGUGGGUCCUAUGGAGGCCUGAACGUGAUGAGCCUGGCAAGCUUUGCUAGUGGAGGAUCAUCUUCGGCGACCUCAUCGCCCUCGAAGGGCCUCGGUAAUUCCCCGCAUGGAAGCGUAUCUUCCACCACAGGAUCACAUCUCUCCUUGAAGGAGACUCGCUUCUACAAAAGAGUUCUUAUGGAAGACGUCGAACCUACAUUAAGACUGGAUCUAGCACCGGGUAUUUCAUGGUUGACUCGGCGUACCGUCCUCAAUGCCAUUUGCGAAGGCAGUCUCGUUGUGGAGCCAAUGCCCCCAACAUCCAAGAAAUUUGAAUUCCCUUGCUCUGUUUGUGGUGAACGCAGACCCGGUACGCUUAAUGAGAGAACCCAUCGUUUCCGAACGUCAGACAGUGAGACAGCCCAAAGAUACCCACUCUGUCUUCUCUGCUUGGAACGUGUGCGCUCGUGCUGCGAGUUCACUGGUUACUUGCGCCUCAUCCUUGAUGGACACCUUCGAGCUGGCGAUACCGAAGAAGAAAAAGAAAUAUGGGACGAGACCAUCCGCCUCAGAGAGAGGAUGUUCUGGUCUCGGAUCGGAGGAGGCAUCGUUCCCUUAUUCAAUGAAUCAAGCUCAUCGGAGAUGGCGUCGGAAACCAUGGAAUGCAAUUCCGGCGCCGAUGGAGCGGAAGAUGCCAAGUUCCUCCAACCUCUUGAUGUUACUUAUCUCGAGUCAAAGACGGAGAAAUUCCCAUCAGCGGCUGAUCAGCUUCCACCUAAAACACCCAUCAUGGAAUUCCAUAAUGAUGCUCCCCGACCUCAAAGUUCUAUCUAUGACAACGAUGAUGCUGUUUCUUUGACUAGUUCGGAACGCAGACGUAUCUCUGCCGAUUCAGCAGCAAGCAUCUACGAAGAAGCGAAUGCUGACAUGGAGGUCGAUACCACGGAAUCUGUCCCCAAUGAGCCCUCAAUCGCUCAAACUCGAGAGACAGACACAGAAAAUGCCAAGCCUAACGGUUUGAGCACCUCUUGA